AUGCACUUCUGUCCGUCGUGUGGCAACAUCCUGCUCGUGGAGCCCGACUCCGACGGCAUGCGCUUCUUCUGCCAGACGUGCCCGUACCUGUUCCAGAUCAACGACAAGGUGGAGAAGAAGGUGCCGCUGCAGCGCAAGCAGGUGGACGACGUGCUGGGCGGCGACGAGGCCUGGGAGAACGUGGACCAGACCGAGACGCGCUGUCCGCACUGCGAGUUCAACAAAGCCUACUUCAUGCAGAUCCAGAUCCGGUCGGCCGACGAGCCGUCCACCACUUUUUACAAGUGCGUGCAGUGCAAGAAGCAGUGGAACGACUAA